AUGACUGAUAUUCCUUAUUGGCUUAUUAGAGCUCAUAGAGAUAAUUUAUUUGCCUUGCAGAACUGCAUAAACAAUCCUAGUCCAGCCGAAAAUGAGUUAGCUAUUGAAAUGUACAAGACUUUGCUUUCUCAUGACUCUGGAUUUAGUGACUUUAAAUACAUCAUUCUUAAUGAAUGGUGGGUCAAUCCCAAUAAGCCCUGGCUUGGUAAGGGAGAUCUUGCAUUCACAAACGGAAAAAACAUAUUAGUUGUUGAAGUCAAGCGAAUUAAAGGCUCUACUAAAUAGCUAAAGUUGUAAAAACUAACUAAGGUAAUAAGAUAAGCAAGAUACUAUGCAUUGAUGAUUAAGAAAUUCCGUGAUAGAUAGAGAUUUCCUAUUCCUGAAUACAAUUAAUAUUUUUGCAAAUCAAAAAUUCAUGCAGCGUUUUACACUAACUUAGACAAAAAUAUUAUUUUAGUUAAACACCCCAAAAGAAUUAGUUCAAGCAAUAAAAAAAGAUUAAUAGAUCUUCCUAAAAAUUUAACCACUUAGGAAGUAAUAAACACAAAUAAAUUAAAUGUAGAGUUAGUUGAAGACCAAACUCCAAUUCAUUAAAAAAUUUUUUCCUCUUAAGUUAAAAUUGAAGAAAACCAAACACAGCAAAAACAAAAUAUUUAACUAAUUAAAGAAAAUAAUAAUUAAUAACAAUUAUUUUUAGUUAAAUAACCUAAUUAUAAAAUAAUAGAAGAAUCUAAAGAUAAUGAGAUUAUCUUUAUAGAUCAUAAAAUUAAUCUAUAAAAUACUCCUUAAAAUAAAAUAAAAUCAAGUAACAGUGCUUUGAAAAAAUUUGAUGAUGUUAUUACAAUAAAGACGGACUCAAAAAAUAGGAAAUUUUUAGUUGACUCGAUAGAAUGGGAUCAAAAGGAACGAAUUGAAAUAUCUUCAGAUGAAAAUGUUGACCCUAAAAAAUAGGUCAUAAUUGAUCAAGCAAUAAAACCAUAUUUUAAAAAUAGUACUACGGCUAACUAGAACUCUCUUAAAAACGAUAUUAUUUUCUUAAAUGAAAUUAAACCUUACAAAAAAUAAUCUCCUGAUUUAAUUUUAUUGAAUUCUAUUUAGAAUAAAAUAUAGAUACCAAUACAAUCUGAAUCUCCUAAGAUUAUUCCCUUUAACAUGUCUUUAGCUCUCUCAAAAAAUUUUGAUAUAAAUUGCUCUUUAAAUUAGUUGAGUGUUCCUCAAUAAUAAAAAGAAGUGGUUGAAGAUGAUUAUUGUGAUGUUUCUCUUUGCAGUUUUAUCGAUAUAGCCAGUUUUGAUUUAGAUAAUUCUUAUUUAUAAGUAAAGAAUAAUAAUCAUAUAAAUAAUAACUAUAAUAGGUAAAGUAGCAUCUUAUUAGGUCCAUAUAAUAAUAAUUAGUAGCUUUAUCAACCUUUGAAAGAUAUAGUUCAGCAAAAACUUUUAGAGUUUAACGAUAGCACAUAAAUAAAUAAUAAUUUAAAUGAAAAUAAUAAAGGCCUUAGCCAGCUAGAAAAAAUUAUAAUUGAGCAAAAUGAUAUUUUGGUUGAAAUAAAUGAUUCAAAUAAAGAGAGUAAACAAAAAUGUGGUAAAUCUCCUUUAAAAUAAAAAGAUGAUGAUUUGUAAAUGUUAAAGAAUAACUUUAAUACUGAAUAGAUUAUAAAUAAUUAAGAUUAAGUGAUUAUAUCCCAAUAAUGCUAAGAGAAAAAUACAGAAAGUGUGAUUCAAAUAGAUGCUUUAAAAGAAGAUUGUACUGAAUAAAAUAAUAACAUAAAUAAUUAAAACAAUAAGGAUGAAUAAAAAGAUUAAAUUGAAAAUACCAACUUAAUUAGACAUAGUGAAGAAAAUUAAUAGAUUUAAAUUUAAAGUAGUUAAAUUAAUUUAAAUGAUUAACAGACACAUGAAUACUAAAAUGAUUCUUUUUAUGAAUUUAUGCUAUAAUAAAUUUUAAUCUAAGAAUAAAUACAAGAAAUAUAUAACGAAAAAGAAGUUUUAUAUGAUGAUAAAAAUAUAGAAUUUGAUUAAAUUGAUGAAUAAAUGUUGGGUUUUCCUAAAAUAUACAAAAAUUUGUUUUAGAAAAAUACUAAAGAAAAUUUUCCUAGAGUAGAUAAGAUAUUGUAAGUAAAUUAAUUAAAUGCUUAAAAUAUGUAACAAAUGGAUAUAUUAAGCGAAUAAGAAAUAUAAUCUGAUUUCUGUAACAUUUAAAAUUAGGAGAAAAAGAAAAAGAAAAAAAUAAUCAAGAUUAACAAAAAUUAAUUUUAAGAUAAUAUUGAUGAAAAAAAUUUUAAUUUGAAUUGCAUUCAAGAUAAAAUAAUAGAAUUAAGCUAAAAAUCUUUUAAAAUUAUUAAAAAAUUUGAUAUAUCAAAAGAUUAAAGCGCAUCUUGUUACUAAUAACAAAUUAUUCCUGAAUAAGAACUAAGAAAUAACAACAACAAUUAUAAUUAUUUAGGAUAGUUUAAGCUUGAAAAGAAUUAAGAUAUUAUUUAAAAAAGUCCUUCACCUAAAAUCACCUAAAGAAUUUAAAAUAAAAUGACUAAAAAAAUAAAAAUUGUUAAAUCGGAUGAAAUAUUUAAAGGUAAAAAGAUAAAUAUUGUGUAUAAAUAACCGUGCAGAGAAAAAAAAUAGUAAUUUAUUGAAAGCAUGUGA